CGUAUGCUUCAAACUUUACAAGAUGAAUCGAUGAUCAUCGAUUUAUAUCAUAUAUCAUAUCGUAUCGUAAAAAUACAACAAAUCAAAUGGAAAACACUAGUCCAGAAAAGCUAGACAGGAAAACACAAGAAAAGAACAGAAGAAUUCAAAUGAAGUAUCUUUCUUCUAAGCUCUUUUCUCUUAUUCCUCCACACCACCACCAAUACUCAGCUAAGGUAUGAACCAUGUUUCAGUAAUUAACUUUGAUUCAAACUCAGUAUUUAUUUAUUUUUUAAAAAAAUUAUUAAAUAUGUACAAAUAUUUUGACGUACUUUUCCUUGACUUGUAAGUGUAACAAUAUAAUUUCAGGAUAUGGUGACGCAACAAGACCAAAUUGAUCAAGCCAUUACUUACAUUGAAAAAUUGAAAGAAAGAGUAGAUGUAUUAAUGAGAAGGAAGGAUAAGAUUAUAGCACAAGGUACAAGUGAUGAUUCAAAGAAAUUCAUGCCUUCAACAUCUUGUAGCAAUAUUAAAUUACCUAUGAUUGAAGUUAGAGAGUUGGGUUCAACUAUAGAGGUUAUUUUAGUUAGUUGCUUGCAAAAAAAGUUCACCAUGCAAGAGGUGAUAAUCAUCUUAGAGGAAGAAGGAGUUCAAGUUGUUACCGCUAAUUUUUCAACAAUCGGCGAUAAGGUUUACUAUACUAUUCAUGCUCAGGUGAAAAUUACGAGAUUAGGGGUUGAUGCAUCAAGGGUCUAUUUGAGAUUGCAAAAUCUGAUUUGCUAAUUUUUUAAUUACUUACCAGCGGAAUCAAAAAGGUUUUAGAAAAAUAACUUUAGACUAUUGUAUUUAUACACAUUUCUAUUAUUUUGUUGGUUAUUCAAGUUUGCAUUCUUAUUGUAUUAGAAAUUUUUUAUAAGAAUCAACAAAGGGUCAUGAUAAAGUGACAAUUAAAUAUUUCGUC